UGGAGUGCUGACGCGGACAGAGUCUACGUGCUGUGCUGAAGUCGUGGAUGCCGUGGAUCGAGAACAGCGUCCACCAUGUUACUUUGGUUUCUAGUUUUGUUGGCCUGCUUUUGCCGGACAGGGGGCUACUUUGCGGAGGAAAAGUACCCGGAGGAGUCGAAGAUGCAGCAGCCGACUGUCGUUGUCGCUAUUAUAGCCAGAAACGCCGCUCACUCCCUGCCGUACUACCUCGGGGCUUUGGAGAGACUGGACUACCCCAAAGACCGCAUCUCUGUGUGGGCAGCCACGGACCACAACUCGGAUAACACCACAGCCAUGCUCAAAGAGUGGCUCACUGCCAUGCAGAGGCAUUACCAUUAUGUGGAGUGGAGACCCAUGGACCAGCCUGAGUCCUAUGCCGGCGAGCUUGGCCCUAAGCACUGGCCCAACAGCAGAUAUGAGUACGUGAUGAAGCUCAAACAGGCGGCGCUCAACUUUGCCAGGAAACGCUGGGCUGACUACAUCCUGUACGCUGACACCGACAAUAUCCUCACUAAUCCAGACACUCUCAACCUGAUGAUAGCAGAGAAUAAGUCAGUCAUCGCUCCCAUGUUGGACUCCCAGGGAGCGUACUCCAACUAUUGGUGCGGUAUAACUCCACAGGGCUAUUAUCGGCGCACAGCGGAGUAUUUCCCCACCCGUCACCGUCACAGGCUGGGCUGCUACCCUGUGCCCAUGGUCCACUCCACCAUGCUGCUGGAUCUGAGGAAGGAGGGCAUGAGGAAACUGGCCUUCUACCCUCCUCACAAGGAUUACUCCUGGCCCUACGACGACAUCAUCGUGUUCGCCUUCUCCUGCCGAGCUGCAGAGGUACAGAUGUACCUGUGUAACAAGGAGCGUUAUGGAUACCUGAACGUCCCGGCCAAGCCUCACCACACCUUGGAAGAUGACCGCCUCAACUUUGUACAUGUCCACCUCGAGUCCAUGAUUGAGGGACCUCCCAUGAUCUCGUCUCGCUACGUCCAUAUGUUCCCCAAACAGAGAGACCUCAUGGGCUUUGAUGAGAUAUAUCUGAUCAACCUGCGACGGCGUCAGGACCGCAGAGACCGGAUGUUGUUCUCUCUCAACGAGCUGGAGAUUGACGUCAAGGUGGUGGACGCUGUGGAUGGAAAUGCACUGAACAGCAGUGACAUUAAGAUCCUGGGUGUCGACCUGCUGCCAGGCUACUAUGACCCGUUCUCUGGACGUACCCUGACCAAAGGAGAGGUGGGCUGCUUUCUCAGCCACUUCUACAUCUGGAAGGAGAUGGUGGACCUGCAGAUGGAUAAGGCCUUGAUCUUUGAGGAUGAUGUUCGUUUCCAAGCAAACUUCAAACGCCGAGUCCUCAGACUAAUGGAGGAGGUGGAGCUGGUGGAACUGGAUUGGGACAUAAUAUACCUGGGCAGGAAGCAGGUGAAUCCUGGAAAGGAGGAAGCGGUGGAGAACGUCCGUAACUUGGUGGUGGCAGAUUACUCGUAUUGGACCCUGUCCUACAUCAUUUCCCUCCAGGGGGCCCAAAAACUACUCAACGCUGAGCCGCUGUCCAAGAUGCUUCCUGUCGAUGAGUUCCUGCCCAUCAUGUAUGACAAACACCCCAAUGAGGACUACAAGUCCCAUUUCCCCAACAGAAAUCUGCAAGCCUACAGCACUCGCCCCCUACUGGUGCAGCCCUGUCACUACGCCGGUGAUCCUCAGUGGGUGAGCGACACGGAAACUUCCACUCUGUGGGACGACGACUCGGUACGCACUGAUUGGAGGGGCUCGCACAAGACGCUGAAAGGGGCUGCGCCGCCACCUGAGAUGCUGUCGAGCGCCUACAGGGAUGAACUCUAGCGGACAGAGUUGUGGAGAGAUUAAAGGUCAAAGGUCACAAGGUCAGGAGAACAGAUGCUGAGAAGAGAAACUGUUUUCAGAUGUUCGUUGACAUGCGUGCUGCCAGUUGACCUGGACUCACAAGGAUGUUAGCAUUUCAGCGCUUUUGUAAGAGCGUGGCACAAAGAUAUCAGUGCUGAGAUUCUUUUGGGACACAGUAUUUAUGGGACAGUGUGCAUUGAGGCUGGCUGUAGAGACAGUGUAAACCGGAAUCCCCUGCGUGUCUUGAUGUGUGUGUGCGUGUUCGUCAAACUUGUAUUGGUGAUUCAGCAGUACAGAUGUAUGAUUUGCUUGAGGCAUCCUGGAUUUAAACUUGCACAACAGUGGCAGUGAAAAUGCCUCAAAAGAAAAGAUCCGCCGUCCUGAAGCAACAUUUUGAACAAUCGGAGUGAUGAUAUGUGUGUGUCUGAGACGUGAUGUGUGUUUGUGCUGCAAUGUACACGUGUGAAGGUGCGAGUGUGUCUCUUGUGAUUGCAUGAUCAGGACGAUACUAAUGACAGAGCUGAGAAUGAGGACGCACUUUUACAAGGACAGCUUUCAUUACUAAUCUGUUGACCACUGACUAAGAGGCCUCAGGACGUGCACUGGCCGGUCGGGAGAAAAACCUGAUUCGUUUUUAUCUGUUUUUCCUUUUGUACCCAUAUAAUUCAAGUUUGUUAUAUACGUCAAACCAUCCAUUUGCUCUGUCCAGACAUCUUAUCCCUACAGACUGAUAAGAGAUACUAAAACAAUAUCACACAAGAGGGAAUCAUAUUAUACUGUAUAUCAAAAAGGCUGUGAUUCGGUUUCAGGGCCGAGUGCCAAAGACAAUGAUGAGAUAAUGUCGAAGAUAAAAAUACCUGCGUAAAUACACAAUGCUACAAACAAAAGUGUUUGUAAAGUAAAGGUAAUAAGAAACAACAGAUUAUGAUUUAUUUAUUUUGCAGCAUUUCCUAACCCUCAUCCUAACCUUAGUCCUAACCUCAUCCACAGCCUGGGAGGCAGCGCUGCCUUUCAGUCGACGGUGGUGGUUUAAAAAAAAUAAAAAAAUAAAUAAAAAAAUAAAUGCAGAAAGCAGAUGUAUCCAGGGUUCAUCAUUCAAUUUUAUUUUUAGAAACCUAUCCAUCUUUACAGUGUAGGUCAAGGCUGUUAAUUCAAUUAACAGGUAAAGCAAAGUGAUAGAUAAUUGUAAAAUAUCAGAGUGCUGUUAUCAGCUGUAUAUCAGCACUCAUGGAAUGCCUCUUGUCCAAUCAAAUCACACGAACCAAAAUAACUCGUUUGUAAAAUUUUAUAAGAUGAAGCUCGAACAACCUAAAUUUAUACCUCUCUUGACUGUCUCACUGUUCUUGGGGACAAUUUUAAGACUUUUUUUUAGUAGUUUGAAAUCCUUACAUUUGGGAGCUGUUUUGUGGAUAAAAUUGCCGUAUUGAAUGUCAUCAUUAGACCAAUUUUAACCUUCACUGAUUUCAUUGUAUAAUCUCUUUUGUUAACUAGCCAGUAACAGGUUUAUUGAAAUGACACUGGCUCAUUGGACUAGCUUCAAUUUAAAAUUCAAUUGAAAUUUAACCGACUGUGGCUGUGUUUGACAUUUUGACAUUUCACUUUAGCAGUAAAAUGGAUUCUAGGGUUACAGUUAGUAUAAUAGUUGAUUAUUUAACACAAACUGGCAGCAUUUGUCUUUUUCAAUUUUUAUGUUUUCAGAAGAAUAAAGCUUUAUUUAUAUAGCUUGACAAAAUGUCAUUCAAGUCAAGAGAUAAAACCCCACAUUAUAUAAAUACUGUAUAUAUCUACUUCAGCCAAACAGAUAAAUAUACCCCCAGUAUGUCUGGCGUUAGUGUAAUGUAAUUAAAAAGCAAUUAUCUUUCAAAUCCACAAAGAUGUUUCAUUUUCGU